CCGCCGGCGGGGCGGCGCUGUCGGCCGGGGCGGGCGCUCCGGGCUCCCCGACGCCUCCUGUUCGCCGCGGCCGCGCCACCCCGCUCUGUCCUGCCAGUCCCGGGCGUCCCUGCCAUGCGCCCAGGCUAGUGCGCACAGGGCGCAGCGCCGAACCCGGCCGCGCCCUCCGCCCGCUCCAGCCGCCCGCUCCCGCCGCCGGCAUGCUGCGCCCACUGCUGCUCGCGGCGCUCUGCCUGGCCGGCCGGCUCGAAACCACCCGCGGCUGCCAGCUGCCCUCCGAGUGGAGACCCCUGAGCGAGGGCUGCCGCGCGGAGCUGGCCGAGAUCAUCGUGUACGCCAAGGUGCUGGCGCUGCACCAGGAGGUGCACGGCCUGUACAACUACCUGCCGUGGCAGUACGAGGCCAGCGAUGCGGGGCUCUUCUACUCGGCCGAGAUCGAGAUGCUGUGCGACCAGGCGUGGGGCAGCAUGCUCGAGGUUCCCGCAGGCUCCAGACUCAACCUCACCGGCCUGGGCUACUUCUCAUGUCACUCCCACACCGUGGUCCAGGACUACUCCUAUUUCUUCUUCCUCAGGAUGGAUGAGAAUUACAAUCUCUUGCCUCACGGAGUCAAUUUCCAGGAUGCCAUCUUUCCGGACACUCAAGAGAACCGAAGGAUGUUUUCCAGUCUUUUCCAGUUUUCGAACUGUUCUCAGGGGCAGCAACUGGCAACUUUUUCCAGCGACUGGGAGAUCCAGGAAGACAAUAGGCUCAUGUGUUCAUCAGUGCAGAAGGCUCUGUUUGAGGAGGAGGACCAUGUCAAGAAGCUGCAGCAGAAGGUGGCCACUCUGGAGAAGCGGAACAAGCAGCUUCGGGAUCGGGUGAAGAAGGUCAAGCGGUCAUUAAGGCAGGCACGGAAGAAUGGUCGACACCUGGAGCUGGUGAACCAGAAGCUCAGUGAGAAGUUAGCAGCUGCAGCAGGUGCCCUCCCACACAUUAAUGCCCUGGGGCAGGAGCCACCAGGUGCCACGUACCUGCGGGGGUAACAGCGCUUGAGUAGUGGUCUUGCCUGGCUCUGCUGGAACAUGUUGCCUCUUGCCAGGGAUUGUAAAGUAAUGGUAGGUUUUAAUGUGCACAUAGGUCAAAAAGUCUUGUAGAUGUUUUAAAUAUGCAUUUGGUAGUGUCUAGUUACUUGAAGGGGCAAGUUUUGUUAUUUUCUUAGUUGCUGGGCUCCUUCCCCUCCCUGCCUCGCUCCCAGACCCAGUGCUUACAAGUCCAGAGGCAGCACGAUCCUGGAGUGUCAUGUGCUUGCCUAGGGUCUGUCUUCAGCUUUCAGGAGCACACUGGAAAGUCUGGGGGAAAGAAUAUCUUAGAAUCUCUAGAUGUACAAGAAUCAAGGGGUUCAGCCUUAUUGCAGAAGAGGCUGUGAGACCUCCAGCUCUGAGCUCCAGGACCAUCAUUAGUUUUGAGAAGGGAUCUGCAGCAAGUCUUGGAACUUUUGGAAGGUGGAUGGCAACCUUGCAAAGCACCCAAGGAUGUCUAAAUAACCAUGUGCAAGGUGUCCCUACUUCAGCCAGCUGAAGCACAGCUCAUAAUAGUGCAGUGGGGAGAGGGGAGUAAUUGAACAAGAUGAAUUAUACCUGAUUUCCAAGACCAGUUACCCAGAGUUAAAGAGGAUACCUAUGGGUCACUUUAAUCUAAAGGGGUAUUGCCUUUGUGGACUGGUCAUGUUUUAUCAAACCGUGUUGCUGAGUUGGCAAGAGACUGCACAACAUCUCAGCCCCUGCUAAAUGCAAACUUACUGUUGGCUCAUUAACUCCUUCCAGCUGCUCUGAAUUUGAGGUGAGUUGACCCAGUACACUGUUAACUUCUGCAAAGAUACCUCCUUACCUAUUGGAAUCAAGUGACCUUGCCUCAUUCCCAACCAGGCACCCAAAGAGCUUGUUCCAGGCGGUUCUACAGAGGCUUGAUGCAAGCAUUUUCACCACCUAACUAAAUUGGCUGUAAGGUAAUUUUGUUCUCAGAGAGAAAAUAACUGUCAAUAGAGACAUGAAAGCAAACUAAGUUCUAUUUUUAUAUUACAUGAAGCUUAGCCCCCCUAAUAGUCUAUGACCAGUCUACAUGGUGGUUUUAAAACAAUGGAUGAUAACUCCAUAUAUCAACUUGAUAGAAAAUACAGUAACUGGGAGUGUGAAAUAAGACUGUAAGGCCAGAUUGCAUACCAUACUGUAAUACAAAAUAAUAGCUUAUCAGUUAUAAAAACUCAAAUGCUUUACAUUUUUUCUGUCCCAUAGAACUUCUGAAUGUCUAUCACCAGACAUGUAUCAUUAUGCUAAGAAUGAACAGUCAUGUAGACAGCUUUCAUAAUGUAAUACAAAGCUCAGUUACAAACAUGCAUCCUAGGAUUUUGGAAAACAGAUACUUCUCUUAGAAAGGACAUAAUGAAGAAAUUAGUAAGGUCCCUCUUGUAUUUUUUGUUAGUUUAUCUUUUAUGGCCAAAUUACCUUCUGCCCAAUGAGUUAUGCAGUGAAAAUGCUUGUGGCAAAUAUGCCUAUGGUGGAAAUACCAGACAGGGUUCCAGGCAUUCCAGUCUCUGCUUCUGUAUGCAAACACCUUCCACCCACCAGGACUGCCCACCAGUAAUGUCUGCACAUGAGGCCACCUGUCAGCAUAUCAGGUUUUGUACAUGACCUCAGAGCACUUCACCCUGUUUGGAAAGAAACCUGUAAAGACAGUACUACCAGUAAGAAGACUAUCCACAUAUAGAACAGCUGAGCCAUUAAUUUAGGUACAUUUCGUCCAGUGGCAGUUGGGUUCUUAAGAAGGCAACCAAGUGGUCAUCUUGUGACUACCUUCUGAUGGAGCUGCAGAUCUCCAAGUCCCUCUUGCUGUUCCAGAUAGAACUUUCAGGUUCCUCAUCAGGAAAUCUGCCCCCAGACCACUCCAGACAUUGCAGCACCUGAUUAUGUUGUCCUGUCCACCGGAAAUGGCAAUUAUAUGGUCAGAUUCCCUUCCACUUCCUUUAGGAAAACCACAUUUUUUGGCUCUGGCAGCUGGUUGGGAGGAUGGACCUGUGUUACUUGAGGCUGCUGCUGCUCAAAGGGAGAUGUCUGCACUCUGGACUGGAUAGAAUGGCAGUUUUUGCUUCAUUUCCAAGCUUCUGCUGCUCCUUUAUUAGCUGUAUCCUUCAUAGUACAAUACAAUAGUUCAGUCUUUCUGGGGCCAUUUCAUUAAAGCAUUUGGCUUCCACCCAAGGGAGUGACAAGCCUAAGGGUGAUUUACAGCUAGUGUUUUGAGAACUGUGGAACCCGGUGAUCCCUACAGAUGCAUUAUGUUCUGCCUUUUUAAUAAAUAUGAGCAGUAUUUCAGCCACAA